GUAUUAGUACUUUCGCACUAUGUUCUCUGUUCGCACCAUUUUCACACAAUAAAAGUAAUAAAAGUGCGCUAGAGACGGUCGCGUCGUCACUGGAGCCACUUCCACGUUGACAUUUAACCAAUUUAACCCAAAAGCCGGAAAGCAGCCCCAUGAUGACCGAAGCACAAGAGCCCUCUCAGAAGCGAUGGGCCCACCUGCGCAAAAUUCUCGAGCGUCCGGGCCCCUUUUGCCACCCCGAGUUCGAGCCCUCGCCCGAAAUCAUGGACUUUAUAGUAACUUCGUGCAAAAUCUUGGUCGUGGGGGCCGGCGGCUUGGGCUGCGAGUUGCUUAAAGACUUGGCGUUGAUGGGGUUCAAGCAGAUACACGUCAUUGAUAUGGACACCAUCGAUUUGUCUAAUUUGAACCGGCAGUUUUUGUUCAGACAGAAAGACAUUGGACAGUCGAAGGCCAAAGUGGCGGCUGAGUUUAUCAAUAGGAGGAUCCCGGGGUGCCAAGUGACGCCUCACUUUUGCAAGAUCCAGGACUACGACGAGGGGUUUUAUAGAAGUUUUCAUAUUAUUGUGUGUGGGUUGGAUUCAAUCGUGGCUAGGAGGUGGAUAAACGGGAUGAUUAUGUCGUUGUUGUGUUAUGAAGACGGGGUGUUGGAUAAUUCGACGAUUAUACCGUUGGUGGAUGGGGGUACUGAAGGUUUCAAAGGUAACGCUCGAGUUAUUGUUCCUGGGAAUAGCGCGUGCGUUGAGUGCACCCUAGAUUUGUACCCCCCACAAGUCACAUACCCGUUAUGUACAAUCGCCAACACCCCGCGCUUGCCCGAACACUGUAUUGAGUACGUCAAAGUGGUCAUGUGGCCUAAAGAAAACCCAUUUAAUGCAGCUUUAGAUGGCGAUGAUACCCAACACGUGGGUUGGAUUUAUGAAAAAUCUCUAGAAAGAGCGGCCCAAUUUAAUAUUACUGGGGUGACGUACCGGCUUGUACAGGGUGUUGUCAAAAAUAUAAUACCAGCGGUGGCUUCUACGAACGCCGUGAUAGCCGGAGUCUGCGCAACUGAGGUCUUCAAAAUCGCCACCAGUUGCUGUUUACCCCUUAACAACUACAUGGUUUUCAACGACGUCGACGGUAUUUACACUUACACCUACACAGCUGAAAGAAAAGACAACUGUGUGGUGUGUUCACAAGUCCCACAGACUUUGCUCAUACCCGACGCCACCAAAAUGAAACUCAAAGAUUUAAUUCAAACGUUGUGUGAAGACGAGACGUACCAGAUGAAAAAUCCCGGUUUAACAACCACCGUGGGCGGGAAAAAUAAAACUCUGUAUAUUUCCACAAUCAAGAGUAUUGAAGAGAGGACCAGAGACAAUUUGAACAAGAGUUUGGUGGAGCUGGGUUUGAAGGAUGGAAGCGAAAUUAUGGUGGCGGACGCCACCACCCCCAUGACGUUGGUGUUUUGUUUGAAGUUUCAGUCGAGCGAUGUCGAAAUGAACUGAAUUGGAAUAGUAUUUGUACUCAAUAAAAAAUAAUUCAAAUAAAAA